AUGGCCAUCUCUGACGAUCCCACAGCGCUCAAGCUCGAAGACUUGGCCGAGCUUUUGAAGAAUGACACAAGUGUCAAGCUCGCAGGAUGCGACAUUGACGGUAUCUUGAGAGGCAAGCUGGUCUCUAAGAAGAAGUUCCUGUCCAUCGCUGAGUCUGGUUUCGGCUUCUGCUCUGUCAUCUUUGGCUGGGACAUGCAUGAUCAGACAUACUUUAAGGAACUCAAGAUUUCAAACAAGGAGAACGGCUACAGAGACCUCACUGCCCAGAUAGACCUUGGCAGUUUCAGAAGAAUACCAUGGGAGAACAAUGUUCCCUUCUUCCUGGUCAGCUUCUACGAGCCUGAGGGACAGUCUGUCUCGGCCUGUCCGAGAAGUGUUCUAGGAAGAGCUGUCGAGAAGAUCCAGGCCAAGGGCAUGAGUGCCAUGGCAGGAGCCGAAUACGAAUUCUAUCAAUUCCGAGCACCCUCCGAUCCUACCGCUUCCGAGCGCAACUCGUCCAGCACAGCAAAGUUCCUCAAAGACCACCCGCCAUCAGCUCUACCAUCCCUCACCGAAGGCAUGUUUGGAUACAGUGUAGCAAGGCCAGUCCACAAUCAAGACUACUACUAUGGCGUUUACGAUGCCUGCGAGAAGUUCAGAUGUAACAUUGAAGGAUGGCAUACAGAGAGUGGUCCUGGUGUCUUCGAGGCUGCCCUUGAAUUCGGCGAGAUCAGAGGCAUGGCAGACAGAGCUGCGCUGUUCAAGCUCACCGUCAAGUCGAUCGCCAGCAAAUUCGGCAUCACACCAUGCUUCAUGGCCAAACCCCGCGAGAACCUGCCAGGAAACAGCGGACACAUGCAUGUCUCGCUAUGCGACCCGGAAACAAAUCAGAACCUUUUCGCACGCAGCGAACCCGACCCCAACGCUCCUUAUGAGGACAUCAAGCACCUUUCCGACUUGGGCCGUCACUUCCUUGCUGGUCUGAUAGAAGGUCUCCCAUAUGUUAUGCCCAUCUUCGCCCCUACAAUCAACAGCUACAAACGUCUGGUCGAGAACUUCUGGGCACCCGUCACAGUCAGCUGGGGCUUGGAACACCGUGCUGCCAGUAUCCGCCUUAUCGCACCUCCUACCGCUUCUCCAAAGUCUACUCGCUUCGAAGUCCGUGUCCCCGGUGCCGACACAAACCCUUACCUUGUGUUGGCCACUAUCCUGGCACUUGGCUGGAGGGGUGUGGAGAAAAAGCUUGAGAUCCCUAUUCCGCCACUGGGCAAAGGCGAGGACGUUGGCGGUGCAUCAGAUAGCGGUGUCAGGUUAGCCAAGAGCUUAAGAGAGGCGACCGAGAAGUUUAAGAGCAAGGACAGCAUCGCAAGAGAAGUGUUCGGCGACGACUUUGUUGACCACUUUGCUGGAACUCGCGAACAUGAACUCAGACUGUGGGACGAGGCAGUCACGGAUUGGGAAUUCAAGCGCUAUAUCGAGACUGUGUAG